GAGAGGGAUUGGGAUCGAGAGAGGGAAGGAAGGAAGGAGAGAGAGAGACACAGCUAAACAGGUGGUCUGAAAACACGCAGAAAACAAUGUCGUCCGGCGGGGAGAGGCGGAAAGACCGUUAGCUCUCGCUUCUGUGAAGGAAUACCGGGACAGCCUCGGAGCAGAGCAAACGAAAAACCCAUGCUCCUUUUAAUUUUCUCGCGGAUUUCUCCUCCUCCUCUCUUCUCGGUUUUGUUCCGAAUCUGGUGAAGAUCUCGGAUACUAAACCAUGAAAGUCACGGUGUGUUUUGGCAGGACCCGGGUGGUUGUGCCGUGCGGGGAUGGGAAUAUUAAAGUCCACACACUCAUCCAGCAGGCUGUCAUGAGAUAUAAGAAGGCUAUCGCCAAGGAUGCCAGUUACUGGCUGCAGGUUCACCGGUUGGAGCACGGUGAUGGGGGAAUCCUCGACCUGGAUGAUGUGCUUUGCGAUGUGGCUGAUGACAAAGACAGGUUAAUAGCUAUAUAUGAUGAACAGGAACCCCAUCAUGGAGGUGAUGGCACCAGUGCCAGCUCCACAGGCACCCAGAGCCCCGACCUGUUUGCUGCAGACCUCAGCGCAGGCAGCGGAGCCUCUGCUUUCCAGCCUUACCAGGGCGCCAGCGAGAUCGAGGUCACGCCUUCGGCCCUGCGCACCAAUAUGCCCCUCCACGUCCGGCGCAGCAGUGACCCUGCUCUAAUGACCAUCAAUGGGCCGUUCAGCGGCGGUGAGUCACGGGUCCAACCAGAUGAGACGCCGUCAAGGAAGAACCCAACCCGCUGGUCCACCACCGCUGGCUUCCUGAAAGCUCGCCACUCGUCUGGCACAAAUAGCCUGGAAAGGAAGGGUAAAGGGAUGGACACGUACCGCAGUCUGCCACGAGACGCUGGGACCUGGGCCAAUCAGAGAGAAUUCCAGAGAGAGACAGCACGGUCAUCGCUCAGCGCCAAUCAUCCCAUGGUGGACCGCUGGCUGGAGAGACAGGAACAAGAGGAAGCGGCAAGAGAAGAAGAAAACGGACGGAUCGAGCCUGUUGGCCGAGCUGACUCCAUUGACCACACUGCUGUGAGGUCACUAGAAGACAUUGUCAAACUGGUGGAGGUGUCAAACGACGGUGGGCCCCUGGGAAUCCACGUGGUGCCUUUCAGUGGCAGGGACCGCAGGACUCUUGGCUUGUUGGUCAAGCGUCUGGAGAGGGGAGGGAAGGCCGAGCAGCAGGGCCUCUUCCAGGAGAACGACUGUAUCGUCCGUAUCAAUAACGGAGACCUGCGAAACAUCAGAUUUGAACAAGCCCAGAAUAUGUUCCGUCAAGCCAUGCGCUCUCCGGUCAUCAUGUUCCACGUGGUGCCGUCAUCGAUGAAGGCCCACUACGAGCAGCUGUCCCACGCUGAAAGGAACCCCGCGUACGCCUCGGGCCGUUUCAGCCCCGACUCCCUCAGCGGCAGCACUGUGUCAGGCAUCGACCACACGCCACAGCGGAUGUCCCGGCACGGUUCCCAAACGCACCCACACUCCCAUCCGCACCCUCACGUGCUCUCAGAGCCGACUGACGGUUACCCCCCUCUGCUUCACCCCGCGGUUUCUGCGGCCAAGCCCCCGACAGGUCACACCCACUCACCGCAGAAGGGGAUGAACUCCACGCCAGCAGGAGGCUAUACGAAAAAAGUCGGGAGGAGGCUCAGCAUUCAGCUAAAGAAAGGCCCCGAGGGACUCGGCUUCAGUAUAACAUCACGGGAUGUUCCCAUUGGGGGCUCAGCACCCAUCUACGUGAAGAAUAUCCUGCCCAGAGGAGCUGCUAUCCAAGAUGGCCGUCUCAAGGCAGGAGACAGGUUGCUAGAGGUGAAUGGCGUGGACCUGAAUGGGCGGACCCAGGAGGAGGUGGUCUCCUUGCUUAGAGCUACACCCAUGGGCGGGGCUGUGGGGCUGCUGGUUUUACGCCAGGAGGACGCUUUCCUACCCCGAGAAGUGAAUGCUGAGCCCCAGAUGCAAAUCCCGAGAGAUUUGCAUCCACGGCAGCCUGUGACAGCCGGGAAACACCAUUGGCUGAUAGAGAAGACAGAGGAGGACGAGUUGGUCCUGACCCCCGAUGGGACCAGAGAGUUCCUGACCUUUGAGAUCCCCCUCAGUGACUCGGGUUCUGCAGGGUUGGGUGUGAGCGUCAAAGGCAACCGCUCCAAGGAAAAUCAUGCAGAUCUGGGCAUCUUUGUCAAAUCCAUCAUAAAUGGAGGUGCAGCCUGCAAGGACGGGCGGCUGCGAGUAAAUGACCAGUUGAUUGCUGUCAACGGCGAGUCGCUAUUGGGCAAAACCAACCAAGACGCUAUGGAGACGCUACGCAAGUCGAUGUCAACUGAAGGCAACAAGCGUGGUAUGAUCCAGCUCAUUGUGGCCAGACGAGUUGCCAAAAGAAAUGAGGAGACACCAGGGAGCCCACUGGGACCCCAGCAGAUUUUAAACACCUCCCUAGAUGACCACGAGCGCCGAAUCUCCCAUUCGCUGUAUGGUGGCCUGGAGGGCCUCGACGACAACUUGAUGCCCCGGCAAGGCAUGCUGCCACGCACGAUAGGAAACUAUCAGCUCUCACCGACCGUCAACAUGCCGCAGGACGACACCGUGAUCAUAGAAGAUGACCGGCCUCCGCUUCUUCCACCCCACCUGUCCGACCAGUCGUCCUCGAGCUCGCACGAUGAUGUCGGCUUCACAGCUGAUGUGACUCCACCGUGGGCCAAAGAGCUGCCCAAUCAGAAUCACAGCUCUGCGAUUCCAGAUGAAAAUCAUCCAGAUGGUGCUUUCCAGAGGGAAGGUUUUGGACGCCAGAGCAUGUCAGAGAAGCGCACCAAGCAAUUUGGAGACGCCUCUCAACUUGAAAUCAUCAAGACACGCAAGUCCAAGAGCAUGGAUUUAGUAGCCGACGAGAUUAACCUCACACCUCAUCCUGAGACCUACACAGGUUCUUCCACAAAGGACGUGGGGCCAUCGCUGGGCCUAAAGAAGUCCAGCUCGCUCGAGAGUCUCCAGACAGCGGUAGCAGAGGUAACUCUGAACGGGGACGUCCCCUUCCACAGGCCUCGCCCUCGUAUCAUCAGGGGCCGGGGCUGUAACGAAAGCUUCAGAGCAGCCAUCGACAAAUCCUACGACCGACCGGCCGCCACGGAAGAGGACGACGAGGGCAUGGAGACAUUGGAGGAGGACACUGAGGAGAGUUCACGGUCGGGGAGAGACUCUGUGUCAACAGUAGCGGACCAGACGCCGCUGUCGAUUACCGAAAAGCCACUGGUCAAUGGCACAAACCGCACCAAAGAGGAGAAGAAGAAGGACAAAGACAAGGGAGGGAAGGAAAAGAAGAAGCCGGAGGGAGGGAAGGAGAAGGACAAGGGAAAACCUAAGAAGGGGAUGCUGAAGGGACUCGGGGACAUGUUCAGGUUUGGGAAGCACCGAAAGGAUGAGCGGCCGGGAGAAAAGAUUGAUCGUAAAGGCUCCAGCAAGUGGAGGCCAGAGGAGACGCAGGUGUCAGACGAGGAGACCAUGAAGAUGAGGAUGGAGCAAGAAAGGAUCCAAGCUAAGACCAGAGAGCUGAGGGAGCGUCAGGCCAGGGAACGAGACUACGCUGAGAUUCUGGAUAUAAGUCGAUCGCCGGAGAGAUCCUCUGAGGAGGACCACCAGUACGCUGGCAUCAACCAACUUAACAGCUCCAUGGACAGUGGCCAUAGUCGCCCCCACAGCCCCCGUGAUGAGCACCCUCACAUCCAUCCACAACACCAGCACCAGCACUCCGAUACCCUCUACACCCAAGUUAGCAAGGCACGCAAUGAGCGACCUCCUUCUGCAGACAGUAACCGACUAACCCCCAGCAACCACGACCGGAUACAGAAGCUGAGGCAAGAGUUUCAGCAGGCCCAGAAUGUCCCGGACGACCCGGAUGAUCGCAGGAGGACCUACAGCUUCGAGCAGCCCUGGUCAAACACCAGCAGCAACGGUCCAGGCGGGUACAGCCAGCCAGGCCGUCACUCUGUGUCGGUCGAGGUGCAGAUGCAAAGACAGAGGCAGGAGGAGAGAGACUCGUUCACCCAGGCGCAGCGACAGUACAGCUCCCUGCCACGGCAACCCAGAAAGAACCCUAGCACCAUCUCCCAAGACUCUUGGGAUAAGGCAUACCCACCUGGUGAAGGGUUCCAGACUGCCAAGGACAACCCCAGGUACUCCAGCUACCAGGGCUCCAGGAAUGGCUAUCCAGGUGGAGGCGGUGUCAAUGCCAGAGUCCUUCUGGAGGCCCAGGAGCUCUUGAGGCAGGAGCAGAGACGCAGAGAGCAAGAAGCCAAAGGGAAAUUAAUGCAGGAAAGUGCCGGUAACAGCAGCUAUGAGGGGUACACGGCACACCUGAAAGACCCCGCCUCUCCUAAAGGGCCGUACCGCCACGACGUGCCACCUUCGCCUUCACAGUUAGCGAGGCUUAAUAGAUUGGGUUCUGAGAAAGGAAGACUUUUUUAUUCUUGAAGAGCAUCGUUGGACUGGUUGAUGAAGAGCCAAACGAAACGAUUAGAGCCAAGGGGAUUGUUUUGAAGAAAGAAAAAUGGACACUAUGAAUCUUGACAGGGGACAACCUAGAGGUCUUAUAGUUUAGCAGUGAUCUUAUAGGUAAACAGUUGUGAAGUGUACUCGGUAUGUGGGUGUUUGUGUUCAGUCCUCCGCUGUGAGGAUGACCUAUACUAGUCAGUCAUUCACCCUCCUACAAACAGUGCCUUCUCUGCAUUCACGGACACGAAGCUUGUUCGCAGUCGUCCAGGACUCUGAUUCAUCGAGAUCUGGCAUCGUCGUGUACUGACAAUCAAAUGGGCAGACAGGCAAGUGAGUGGGCGCUUUUUUGAGCCCACGGGGAGGCGUAAGUUUCUGUGUGGGUUUUGUAUGUGGGCAUGUGACAAGGUACGUGUUUCACUAUCAAGAAUGUGUCCCGCGGAUGACUCUGCCCACCUGUCACGUUCAGCCCCGACAGAUGCUGCCGGUGUUUAUCAGCAUUCUGUUUUCUCUACUUUUAGUCUUCUCUCCACAGCAACACAACUCGCACAGUACUCCACAGGGAGCACAGAAAACAAGGCAAAGUGUGUGAAAGAAAGCGGGGCGCAUUGUGUGUGUUAUUAAUAAAAAAGACCCCCUCAUAAAUGAUUCAUAUUUUGUGUUAUCUCCAUGGAGGAGGCUCAGGCAGAGAGGGUAGACAGCUCUGAUCCUCUGCCUGGCCCCUCUGCUUGGCUCUGGGCUUGACUUGCCGGCCCGCCCGCCUGUCUGUCUGGAGCCCUCAUCCUCUCUGCGUUGUUCUCGUCUUCUCUCUGUUCAUUACGCUCCUGCUUUUUUUUCUACCUCAACACCCCUACCUUUAUCCUCUGCUCCCCUGCUCUCCCGUCUUUGCACAUCUCACACCUUCGCUUCCCCUUACUCUUCCUCCUGCUACACGGUGCCACCCUCCUCCUCCUCGUCUCCCGAGUCAGGCUCUGCACUGAAUUUUUCAUCACAAGCCACCUGCUGCCUGCCAGAGCCAAAGAACGCUGCCACCGGAGGCAUCGACAGAGGGCCCGGCUUCUGACAUAAAGAGUGGAAUAAAAGCCAAAAAAAAAAAA